AUGCAGCAGUCAAUAAAAAAUCAGGACGAAAUAUGGGCACUGCUAUGUAAGAUGCGGAUGGAGAUGCUUGACCGCUUUGCGGAGCAGGAGAAGUUGCUCCAGUUGACGCGUGAAGAAAUAAAGGAACGCUUAGACAAAAUUGAGUCCGCCGUUGUCGCCCGCAACGGUGGAGACUGUCAGGUUAUGGGGACCUCUUCAAACAACUUGGGGCACCUGGAUCACGCCACACCCGUUUAUACGCGGCAUCUUGCCGAUACGCAAGGGAGUUCGGCUGGGAUGCGUGUCACGAUGCUCUCCACACCGCCCAAUGAGCGGUUGCAGCUCCUCCCCCCGGAUUCCCGUGGGGGGAGAAGUGAGGGUUUGCUUUCAGCGGGGGAUCGCGCGGAGUGGGUGGCGUUGACGACCCCCAGCCGUCACGAGGCCACGCCGGCGGUGUCUCCGCAUAACCAGUGGACCAAUGAUGAAUUUUCCCAGGGGGAAAGAAAUCCUUCCGUAGAUGUUACCGGUGUUGAGGCGUUCAACAAGUUAAUGAAUGAUGACGACCUGCAGAAUUCUGCGUUGGCGUCUUUGGGCGCCUCGAACCUCCAAGAUGAUGAGUUAAGGUCGGCACAAUAUCAGCAGAUGCUGAGCCCAUAUGCGAAAAAGAACGAUAUUAUUCCUAUGGGGGCACCAGACUCUUUACAAACGCAACACUUCACGACGAAUUUGAGGGUUACGUACGUCAAUGGCCGGCCACAAGUCGUGCCGAUUCCAGAUGGGGCCCCCCUUGAGCCUGAGAGCCUUGGCAUUAAUGUGCACGCGCCAUGUAAGGUGCUGGUUGAGUUUAAGCGUAAACGUGUACUGCAGUUUGAGUCAAAGGAGUACGUUCCGCCUGGCAGUUACGUCAUGGUGGGUGGUGACCGCGGGGAGGAUAUUGGGCUUGUGACAUACACCUCUUGCGAGACAACAAAGCCCAAGAAGAGUGACCUCAGCGACUCCGGCAACGGCAGCAACAAACCCGUCGUCUUGUGUAUUGGGCUUACCGGCAGCACUCUCACCCACAAUAUUGGCCUUGGCACAGGCACUGUCCUGCGGCUGGUAGAUGAGUCCAAUGUGACGCAGCUCCACACUGUGCAGGUGGAACUUGAACGACGUGCCAUUGACGUCUGCUCCCAGCGUGUUCUUGAUCGUGGGCUACCCAUGACCAUAGUCGACGCGGAGUACCAGUUUGACAAGAAGAAACUGACUUUCUUUUAUGAGGCGCAGCAGCGCAUGGACUUCCGUGAGCUGGUGCGGGACCUCUACAAAACGUUCCGCGCAAGAAUCUGGAUGGCGCUGGUGGAGAACUGA